GCUUCCCCAUGUGUGUUCAGGCAGUCGGCUAUCCCAUCAGAGCAGAGAUAACGAUUACUCCCUUGGUGACCAGGCCUUACCAUCAGUACGGCUACCCUCACGAGCUGCUAUUGCUUUUCUUGCUUGUUUCAUCCCCAAAGCACACAUCGCCAUGGGCAAGAGCCGGACAAAACGCUUCAAGCGACCUCAGUUUUCCCCUACGGGGAACUGUCUGGCUGAGGCGGCAGCGACGGCGGCGAAUGGGACUGGAGACGAGGAAGACGACGGGCCGGUGGCGGAGUUUCUAGAAAAGCUCCAGCACCCGAGCGCUGAGGUCCGCGAGUGCGCUUGCGCGGGGCUGGCCCGGCUAGUGCAGCAGCGCCCUGCGCUCCCCUGCCUGGCCCGCCGAGAUGCUGUGCGCCAGCUUGGGCCACUGCUGCUGGACCCCAGCUUGGCGGUCAGGGAGACGGCGGCCGGAGCGCUGAGAAACCUCAGUGCUUGUGGAGGUUUUGAAGUAUGUGAUGACAUGGUGACUAAGGACAUCAUGACUCCUCUCGUGGCCCUACUGAAAGAGUGUAGUGCUGGACUGGAUUCAAGUGAGAUGUCUCCACAGAAGAAAGAAGAUCAGAACAGAAAUACCAUUGAGAACAUAGCCAAUGAGGCUGUGAAUGUGCUGUGGAAUGUAUGUGAAUGCAGUAGUAGAGCAGUAUCUAUAUUCAACAAAGAAGGGUGUUUGGAGAUUGUAUUAAAGUAUUUAAGUAGGUUUCCCACCAAUGUUGACCUGGCUGUUUCAGUAGCAUAUUGUUUACAGACAGUAACUGAAGAUAACCCAGACCUACUGAAAUCUUUCAGUGCCACAGCAUUGCAUGUGCUGGAAUCUGCAAUGGUUUAUCCUGUCAGUUCUAUGGAAUACAUCCUAUUAAAGACACUUGUGGCAGGCACAGUCUGGAAUCUAAAGGGCAUUAUUCCAUCCAAGAGUCAGGCAGAAAUUAUAAAUGCCAUACUAAAGAUCUUGUCUGAAGUUUUGGAAAUGGAUGCUGCUGAAAUAGUAAUUCAAAUGAAAGAGGCUGAAACCCAACGGUUAAAAACUGCCACAGAGACUGAGGACAUUUUAGAGAAUGCUAAUGGUGAUGAUUUGAUGGAAGAUGAUGAAAUGGAAGAAAUUCCUCAUAAAAGAAAAGCAAGAAAGAAAACUUUCAUUUCCGAUUUACUUCCACCCACUGACAAGGAACUGAGAGAGACCAUGGCAUUGCUGACAGCUCAGCAGACUGCUCUGGAAAUUGUUGUCAACAUGUGCUGCAAUGAAGAUCCUUCGGAUGAUGAAUGGGAAGAGCUUUCUAGCAGUGAUGAAAGCGAAGCAUUUAUGGAGAAUUCUUUCACUGAGGAUGGUGGGCAGCUGCUGUCUCCACUCUGCCUCUCUCAUGAGGUUCACUCUGCUCUCACCAAUUACCUCAUCCCAAAGAAGGUUUUUGAGAAAACUGCCUUUCCAAAUAGCGUUGCAGUGGACAUAUGUUCUAGGCACCCUCCUUGGAAACCUUUGAUUAAAAAGAUGAACACUAUACAGUGUAGAGCCCUGGUGGGUCUCCAGAGUCUUGUGUCCCUCCUGGAUGUGGACCAUCUGGGAGGAGCUCCAGCCCUUCAGGCACUUGCACUGCAUCUGUCACAGCUUCUUUUUUCUCAGCCAGAUUUUGCCAAAAAUGCUGACUUUCUCGAAGCAAUAAGUAGUGCCUUGAGGGCUCUUUUGCAAAUAAUGGCCUCUAAGAACAUUCCUCAGUGCAUGACACCUGAUCAGCUGAUGUCAUUAUGCAAAGCAGGCAUUCAUAGCAGUAACGUCGGAGUUAGAGUGAAUGUUGUCAGUAUUUUAGGAAUCACUGGCAGUGUCCUAGCCAAAGAAGAUGGGACACUUGAAACUCUUAAGACCAUCGGGUGCUUCCUGCUCGAGGUCGCCACCAAAGACCCUUGCCUUGUAGUAGCAGGAGAGGCUUUGGAUGCCCUCUUUGAUGUUUUUGCAGAUGGUAAAGAAGCUGAAAAAGCCUCUAUUCAAAUUAAAUUGUUAUCUGCUUUGAAAGAAUUCCAGCCUGUCUUCAAAAUGAAGGGCUGGAGAUCAAAUCCAGGAUCCCAAGCAUGGUAGCCAAGGGCUUUACCUGUAAAUUUCAUUUUUGAUGGAGGGGAUUAAACCCAUGGCAUCACACAUACUAGGCAAAUACUCGUUUUUGGGAGAGAACUCACUGUAUUGCCCAGGCUGGUCUCAAACUCCGGGUCUCCAGUGAUCCUCCUGUCACAAGUAGCUGGGGCUACCAAUCUGCCACUGUGUGGCUUUCCUGGAAAAAUUUUAAGAUGUAAAAUAGUUUUUGAGAAAGAAAGAAAAGUAGCAACAAGGGCCCAACACAGUCUCAGUGUCACUGUUACACUCUCAAGUCAGUGCUGUUUUAAAAACAUCAGUAGUUUAUUUUCCACAUUCUCAUGUUUUGGCAUGUUACAUUUUAAAACUUUGUACUAGUGGCUACCAUUUACUGCAUUAACUUUGAUCACUAAGUGACUUAAUUAUGAAAAAAAUAAAGGGAACAGUUUGCUUUUAACGGUUUUUUCAAGUCUUACGUUUUUGUUUUGUACACAGUUAGGCAUUUUCUGCCUUAUUCUUUGCCUCACAGGUAACCAAGUUUAGUGGUGUUUCUUAAGCAGAGACAAAUGUACCUGUAUUUUCUUCUUUAUUGUUCAUAAAGUAGCAGUCCUGGACUUCAUGUUUUAGCUUCAUACUGUAUCCUAGAGAUAUUUUCAUAGCAGUACCUAGUAGGUGUCCAUACUGUUAGAACUCCAGGAACCAAGCUGGUAGGUGAUCCUAGUAUUCAGGGAGUUGAGGCAGAAGAAUCGGUCUGCUACAUGGUGAGUUCAAGUCCAGCCUGGACUACAUAAUUGAGACCCUGUCUUUUUUUUUAAAUGUAUAUAUGUAUGUAUUUGUUUAUUUAUUUUGGUUUUUUUGAGACAGAAUCUCACUGUGUAGUUCAGGCUGGCCUUGAACUCACUGUGUAGCCCAGGGUGGCUUGACCUUCCAGAGAUCCUCCUGCCUCAACCUCCGAGUGCUGGGAUUACAGACACGUGCCAUCAUGCCUGGCAAGAGCCUGUCUUUAAAAGAAAAUAAUAAAAGUUAUAGGCCUUUGGACUUCUGGAAAAGAGCCUGUGAGAUAAUAAGGAGAAAGUGUCCCCUUUUACUCGUCUCUAUAGCUGCGAGGUGAACAGAUGUAGAGUCAUCAGAACUCUGCAGAAGCCCUAGGACUGCAGCUCAGAGGCAGGGUACAUGGGUAGCAUGCAGGAGGCCCUAGCUUGAUCCCCAGCACUGCAGACAGAACAACAGACUCCAUAGAAGCAAGUGCUUAGAAAGGAGCUAUGAACUGGGAACUAGGAAAAGGACCCCGACUUCUGAAGUCUGUUGUUCACAUUCAUUUUCCUAUGUGAUAUGCAUUGCUGUGGAAAUAAUAUUUCAUUGUUUUUCUCUUCUUUUCUUUUUUUUUUUUUUUUUUUUUUGUCUUUUUCGUUUUUACCGGUACCAGGGAUCGAACUCACGACUGUCUGCUUGCAAGGCAGGCAUUUAUGCUGCUGAGCUAAAUCCCCAGCCCCUGUUUUUCUUUUCUUAAAAGUAUCUGGUCCUAAUGAAGUUUCUUUGUUAGCCAGAAGGCUAGUCUAUAGUUUGGGGGAGUUUUUUAGUUAGAUUUUGUUUGUUUGUUUGUUUUUGUUUUUGUGUUGUGCUCAAGAUCAAGUAUGCUGAGCAGCCAUUCUACCCAUUGGUCUACAGUUUUUUACAUGAAACUCUUUUGUGUAAAAUGGAGCUACAGUUGCAUUAAAUGUGUUCAGUACGUAUUUAGCUUUGAGUUGCUUUUAAAUACCAUACCACUAAUGCUACCAAAGAAUCAUAGUAAAGCACUUUCUCCCAAAGUGCCUUCCCAUACCAGAGAAUCGCUGCUGUAGACUGAAAGUGAGUUAUAGUUCACUGAAGUCAGAUUCACUGCUUUUUUUGGUUGUUGGUUUUUUUGUAGUAAGUAGCCGCAUUUAUUGAAGAUGAUGGGAUCGCAGCAGGAACAGGGAGGAGGAAAAAGGAACCCAAGUGAGAAGGAAAAAAAGAAGCUAAAUUCAUUGUUUUAAAGUCUAUAGCUCAGUUGCUUUCGUAAUUCUCAUUUUAAAAGUAUACGUUCUAAAUUUAUCUUCAGAAAAAUAGAUUUAUCUUCAUUCUUCAUGUACAGGAUUCUAUUUACCAUGGAAGUCAAAUGGUUUUAACAAAUUCUUGCAGUGGUCUUGUUUAGAAAGUGGUACAGUGUACCCCAAGUGAAAGACUUGUUUUUUCUUCCCUCUUUCCUUUUUUUCUUUUCUUUUCCUCUAUCCCUUCUUUUUUCUUGUCUUUCUCUCUCUCUGUGUCUCUGUCUCUGUCUGUCUGUCUGUCUGUCUCUGUCUCUGUCUCUGUCUCUGUCUCUGUCUCUGUCUCUCUCUUUCUCUCUCUUUUUCUUCCUCAGGGAUUGAACCCAGGGGCUUUACACUGAGCUACAUCCCUAAUCCUUCAAAAAAAACCUUUAUUUUAUUUAUUUAUUUUUUUUGAGACAGCAUCUCUCUAACUUAUCUAGACAGGAUUCAAACUUCAAAUCUUCCAUCCUCUGCCUCCCAAACUGUAAGAUUUGCCACCUUCCCUUGGCAAAUAUUUUAUUUAAAUGAACAAUUUUUUU